UCUGAAGAAGUUCAACUUGUGCAAUGUUUCGAUAACCUUUGUUGAGAAAAUUAUUCUUCGCGGAAAAAAACAAUAAAGGACCCAUUACCCUACUUUCUUUUGCUUUUGACAUAACCAGAAUUUAGGGUUCUUUUCUCCAGCUUCUGAAUCCCGACUGUUCUUCCCGGGAGCUCCCGAUUCUGAGGAUUAACAAUACGGGGCAACUUUCGGUCAUGAUGUGGAACCGUUUCCCCACUCUCUCAGUUUCGGUUCUAUUAUUAUUUAUAUCCUCCAUUGUUAUCUUGAGUUCGAUAAGCAAUCUCUCUGCGAAUGCUGAAGUGAUAACAUUAACGACCGAAACUUUUAGUGACAAGGUGCAGGAGAAAGAUACAGCAUGGUUCGUUAAGUUCUGCGUGCCUUGGUGCAAGCACUGCAAAAAUUUGGGGACAUUAUGGGAGGAUUUGGGGAAGGAGAUGGAAGGUGAGGAUGAAGUAGAGAUUGGAGAAGUUGACUGUGCAACAAAUAAACCAGUGUGUUCUAAAGUAGAUAUCCAUUCAUAUCCCACAUUCAAGCUAUUCUAUAAUGGAGAAGAAGUUACAAAGUACCAAGGAGCUAGGGAUGUCGAAUCACUCAAAACGUUUGUUCUGGAAGAAACAGAAAAAGCAGCUGCAAAAGCACAACUUGACCAUGAUGGCGAGUUGUAACUAACCUUUCAGUUUUGGAAGUUCAUACUCGGGUCUUCACCUUUGGCUGCUAAGAUGGCUAGCCUGCUACAGUGUGUCCUCGACUACCCACCCUGGGACUAUACUCUUCUGAUGCUGUGCAUUAGCUGUCUAGGAUAGAUUGUUGAAAUAGACUUAUACAACAAACAGAAUAGCUUUUGCUUCUGCUACCUUCCAUUGGAUCUAAUCGUUUGAGCAAAAUUUUGUACCAUGAGAAAUUCUCAUUCAGGAAUAUUUUUCUAUCUCCAGCUUCAAGAUGGUCUACACAUUUUCAUUAA